UUUUUUCUUUGCAACCCUCUUUUUGUGUUGUACAAUGCGGAGAUCCACAUUACUUCUCGGUGCAGUAGUUUUCCUUAUGACAGGACAGUCUCGCUCUGAUUCGGAGUGUGGCUUAGCAAGAGAUGAUAUAAAACAAGAUUUGGAGAAACAUAUUAUAGCUUGCAAUUACCGGGACAACCACGCUUUUUUGAGGAGUCUUCCAUUUGGAGUGAACAACUUGAGUGUUUCCCUUAAACGAGACAGCGCAGAAUGUUUUUAUCUCGCAUGCUGCAACAAAAUCCUAAAACGGCUAUUUCCUAAAAUCUUCCUCCCGGGGCCGGACGUGAACGCAUGCACUAGAAUCAAUUGUGAAGGAGUCACUAAAAUUGGUGCUGAGAUAGAUGGAAAAUGGAGGUGUAAGGCCGACGGUCAAGUAAUAUCGAACGACACAGCGCGAUGUGACACAUUUGAAACAGAUGGAUCAGGGUGGAACUUAGUUCGGGCGGAUAACAACAACUCACUAUGUCUAAAGUGUGAGAGUGGAAGCUAUCUUGCAGAUGCUGUAUGUAAACUUUGCCAAAAAGGAAACUACUCUGAUGUAGAGGGAGCGACUGAAUGCAAAACUUGUCUUCAAGGAAACUACUCUGAUGUAGAGGGAGCGACUGAAUGCAAGACUUGUCUUCAAGGAAACUACUCUGAUGUAGAGGGAGCGACUGAAUGCAAGACUUGUCUUCAAGGAAACUACUCUGAUGUAGAGGGAGCGACUGAAUGCAAGACUUGUCUUCAAGGAAACUACUCUGAUGUAGAGGGAGCGACUGAAUGCAAGACUUGUCUUCAAGGAAACUACUCUGAUGUAGAGGGAGCGACUGAAUGCAAGACUUGUCUUCAAGGAAACUACUCUGAUGUAGAGGGAGCGACUGAAUGCAAGACUUGUCCUAAAGGAAACUACUCUGAUGUAGAGGGAGCGACUGAAUGUAAACCCUGCCCAAGAGGAAGAUACACAGAAGGAAAAGGAGCAAGUGAGUGUCUCUACUGUCCAGCAGGUCACACUACAUACACCCACACUCCCAACACGUGUGUUGGUCCUCAACUUGAAGGGUUGGACAGGAAGAAGAGAAACGCUGUCUUCAGUGUUCGAGUAAGCUACGACACACUAGGGAAUCAAGAGAGAAAAGCAGUCUACUGGAAAAGUGUUGGAGACUGGAACCUGCUCAACAGAUACAAGAGAAAAUUCGCAAAAAUCACCCAGAAGUACACAACAUCGUACCGUAGAGGGCCCAGAGUCAUCAGGAAGUCACCUGUGACGACUGCAGUCAGACAAAUAAUAAAGGACGUGUAUUGUUACAGUGGAAGUGGAGAAAAGUAUGCAGGAUACGAAAACAAAUCUAAGUUUGGUGGCGUGUGCAGAGGACCAUCUGAACAUUGCACAACUAUGAACAGAGAGAGGGUAUGUUACUGCAGGAACAAAGCGACUGGAAGUCACAGCAAGCCUUAUUGUGAGGGACAGGACGGGGCAGAAGAAUAUUGUGAUGUUCCAAAGUGUAAUGAUCAAGAGCGGAGUGUCCACCAAGUUACACGAUGUGGCUACGAGAAGAACACCCAUGUCUCAUCGAUAGAAUCCGUGUCCUCUUCUAUUGGUUUUGCAGAUAACGACAGCGCGCGAAAAGUGUGCGAUAAGCUCGGCGGAGAGUGUAAAGGAGUGUGGGGGAAAGGAAACAGUUGGAGAGUCACGGGACUAUCACCCACAGAACAAGGAACUGGAUCUUACGAGUAUUACAGAAAAGAUCCUCACUGUCCCAAUCCUUACCAUGAGCACUACUUCAAACAGAUACAUGAACUGGAUAUCUAAACUUGUUGAAGGAGGACAACUGAUAUUUCAUAGUGUUUCAGCACUGAACUAGCGUAUCACACCUAUCAAUAAUUAUAUAUAACUAUCAUUAGUAUCAUGAGUAUCAUUAGUAUCAUGAAUAACUACUAAUGUUAUGUACCUAGACUAUUGGCAGUAAUCAGCAGUAAUCAGAAGUUAUUAUGAUUUGGCAUAGAUUAUACCAAUUUUUAUAAUGAAGUGUUUGUUUUCGUAUCGAUUAAAUUACUGAAUAGAUUUAAAGUUUUAUUUUUAUGUCUUUGACAGAAAACAUUUUAAUAAUACAAAUGACGAUUGCUGGUCAUCUACAGUUUUCCAUUUGAUAUAAAACAUUAUUUCUGGAGUUUGAAAGAAAGUAAAAUUUACUUACAAAAUACCAUUAGACUGAUACAGAUAACAAUCUGGUACUUGUGAAGGAGAGUUAAAAAUAUUUCUUUAAUUACACACAGUCAUAUCAGAGUUCAGAUGAAUAUUGAGUAGUAACUGAUGUUGUAUAAUAUAAAUAUAAUGACGAUGAAUUUAUUUUGAAUUUUUUGAAAAGCGUUCAAUUGCUGAAAACGUAA